AUGUAUUCUAAAGCUAUCUUCUUCCUCAUUUUCUCUGUCAUCUUAUUCAUUUCUUGCUCAGUCCUCGUCGGAACCGUCGACAUCAGAUCCUACUUCUUCCCUCUUCUUCAGUCUCAGCCAAUUUCCCCCUUCCCUUGUACCACUGACCCUCCUCUCAGAGUCUACAUGUAUGACCUUCCUCGUCGUUUCAAUGUCGGCAUACUUAAUCGCCGGAACUUGGACCAGACUCCUGUCACCGCCUCCACUUGGCCUCCCUGGCCUAGAAACUCGGGAUUGAAGCGACAGCAUAGCGUGGAGUACUGGAUGAUGGGUUCGCUUUUACACGAAGCUACUGGCGAUGGCAGAGAUGCGGUUAGAGUUAUGGAUCCGGAGAAUGCCGAUGCCUUUUUUGUGCCGUUUUUCUCUUCCUUGAGUUUUAAUUCACAUGGACGUAAUAUGACCGAUCCGGCUACGGAGGUGGAUCACCAAUUGCAGAUUGAUCUCAUGAAAUUCUUGAGCGAAUCCAAGUACUGGCAGAGAUCUAAAGGCAGAGACCAUGUCAUUCCUAUGACACAUCCUAAUGCUUUCAGAUUUCUCCGAAACCAGGUGAAUGCCUCAAUUCAAAUUGUCGUGGAUUUUGGUCGGUAUCCAAAAACCAUGUCAAAUUUGGGCAAAGAUGUGGUAGCACCAUAUGUGCACGUUGUGAGUUCUUUCAUUGAUGACAACCCUCCAGACCCAUUUGAGUCUCGCCCAACACUUCUCUUCUUUCAGGGAAAGACAUUCAGAAAAGAUGAUGGCAUUAUUCGUGUCAAAUUAGCAAAGAUAUUAGAUGGUUAUGACGAUGUUCACUAUGAACGAAGUGCUGCAACAGAGAAAAGCAUAAAGACGUCUUCUCAAGGGAUGCGAUCGUCAAAGUUCUGUCUGCAUCCUGCCGGAGACACUCCAUCAUCUUGCCGGCUAUUUGAUGCUAUUGUAAGCCACUGUGUUCCCGUUAUCGUAAGUGAUCAAAUAGAGCUGCCAUACGAGGAUGAAAUCGACUACAGUCAAUUCACAUUGUUUUUUUCCUUCGAAGAGGCACUGCAACCUGGUUACAUGGUUGAGAAACUCAGGGAAUUUCCUAAAGAGAGAUGGAUUGAAAUGUGGAAGCAACUAAAGGAAAUCUCCCGUCACUAUGAAUUUCAGUACCCUCCAAAGAAAGAAGAUGCUGUCAACAUGUUAUGGAGACAGGUGAAGCACAAGCUUCCUGCAGUUAAACUCGCCGUUCACCGUAGCAGACGGUUGAAAGUCCCGGACUGGUGGCAGAGAAGAUGAACACUGGAGUUGUAUUUUUUUAUCUAGUCCAGCAUCUCUAAACUCUCACUUCCCCUAACCAAUUCAUAUUGCACUUCUGGUCUUGUGCCGAUUCCAAUAAUCUUCCGCCAUCUCAAAGCCUGGUUUGAUACCAAAUUAGGUACCACUUUCUACUCACGGUUCCAAUAGUUGAUAUUCCGUUGUUGUAAUUUCACAAUCACUUGAGUUCUCUAAUUGUGGAGGCUUUGUACAGACAUGUUGAGAAUUUUUGAGGAUUUUGUUUCUUGGGCUGCCUGUUUGUAAUAGGAAUUCUUUGUAAUUUCAUUGCUUGGAUCAUGUUACUGUCAUAAGAUCCAAAAGGGGUUAUAGAUAAUUGUAUUCUUGGAGUUAUACAAAGUGAAUUGGAAUCUCGUGCUUAGACAGAAUGUUGGCAUCAUUAUGUUAUUUUUUU